AUGACAGGGUACGUGGGCACCCCGCUGCCGGGGGUGAGGGUGCGCAUCGUGUCAGGAGGACGCGUGCUGUGCGAGGGCGACGAGGCGGCUAGCGUCGUCACGCCGGGCGCCGAGGCUGUGCCGCUAUGCCCCCAACACCCGCAGCUACAGCUGCAGUACUUCCUGCAGGACAGCUGUGCUGCAGCCGUCCUCUGCUGCCCUUCUCUGCAGCAACUGCUGCCUGACAUCCCCAACAUACAGACGGUCGUCUUAAGCGACACGUCGCGAUGUGACAUCGCCGGCCAGCCCCACCAGGAGUCCUGUACCAGGUCCUCUUUUGGACGCGUGCCCGCGGACCGCAGCGCCCUCAUCCUCUACACGAGUGGCACCACAGGCGACCCCAAAGGCGUAGUGCUGACUCACGGCAACCUGAGGGCUCAGAUGGAGUCGCUGGUGGCUGCGUGGCAGUACCAUCACAGCGAUGUGGUACUGCACUGUCUCCCUCUGCACCACACUCACGGCAUCAUCAACGCACUCCUCACACCCCUCCUCGUGGGGGCAAGGGUGGUAAUGACGACCUUCCGGCCUUGUCACGUGUGGUCGCUGUUGCUGGGUGGUGACGACGCAGAGCACGACGCCGGUGACGUGGUGGCAUCACAUGACAGUGCCGUGAACGUGUUCAUGGCCGUGCCCACGAUGUACGCGAAGCUGCUCGCUCACUACAGACAAAACUAUGCGCAGUCGCAGCACAAGCGCACGUAUGUGCGUGCCACGUGCGUCCAGAACUUCAGGCUGAUGGUGAGUGGCUCGGCGGCACUGCCGGAGUCGCUGCUGGAGGAGUGGCAGCGCGCCACGGGAGUGACACUCCUCGAGCGAUACGGCAUGACGGAGAUCGGCAUGGCCCUCACCAACCCCCUGGUGGGAACACGGAGGCCUGGGUACGUGGGCACCCCGCUGCCGGGGGUGAGGGUGCGCAUCGUGUCAGGAGGCCGCGUGCUGUGCGAGGGCGACGAGACGGCUAGCGUCGUCACGCCGGGCGCCGAGGGCAUGGUGCUGGCUUCAUCAUUUUCUUUCUUAAAUAAAUCUGUCAUAAUAUCUCAGGCAAAAAGGGGUGACACGGCCGUGUACCAAGAUGGCGCCUACAAGAUCCUGGGUCGCACGAGCGUCGACAUCAUCAAGAGCGGCGGCUUCAAGGUGUCGGCGCUGGGCGUCGAGCGCGUCUUGCUGAUGCAUCCUGACGUGGCUGACGUUGCUGUCGUGGGUGCCCCCGACCCAACGUGGGGGCAGAAAAUCUGCGCGGUGUUGGUACGGACGGGAGCGUCGCCCCUAGACACGGCGCUCCUGAAAAAGUGGCUGAAGGAGAGGCUUCCCGCGUACCAGGUUCCUGUCAAAUACGUCAUCCUCGAGGAGCUGCCGCGCAACAACAUGGGCAAGGUCAACAAGAAGAAACUGCUUCAGGAAAUCUUACCAUUGUUGAAAUGAACCGUGCUUUUUAUGAGUUAAUUCUCUAUAAAUUCUGCUACUCUACUUCUAAAUCUACUCUAUCAAAUAUAUUUUACUCUGCAGCUGCGUUACAGCUUUCUAACUUCUUUAAAAUUUUGUUAUAUGGACUUAGAAUUAGGUUUUUCUAAGCUAGCGUCCUCGAGGUAGUUUUAUUGCAUCCUAGACUAGCGUCCUCGAGGUGUUGCUCAUGUAUAAUUCACACGCCGCAGUCAAAAGAAAGUCUUUCAUAUUUACUUACGAACAGAAAGUGCUGAGAACAUGAAUUACGUUUAUCUGCAUUAGAAGUGAAUAUGCAUAUAGUAAAUUCUUAUAUUGACUACAGUAACUGCACUAAGAUUACAAUGUACGUAAUGUUAGUACUAAUUGUAUAAUCAAAUUAUAUUUGCUAUGAAAUUUCCA